UAUUUCUGUCGACACUCGGAAGUUAACUAUUGAAGCAACCAACGCGUCUUGUGUCUAAAGGACAUCUGACAACCAAAAUGAUUGAAAAACUUAUAGGUGUUAGGAAUGCGAGCAUCGCCAAGACAUGGGCACCCAACAUGGCCACUUGGGGCGCAGCUUCUUUGGUGAGUGUUAUCUACUUCACGGACUGGAAGCUGAUUUUGCAGUAUGUUCCCUACAUCGGUGGCAAAUAUAAGGAGGAUGACGAGUGAUGGCCAGGUCAGUCGAAGGGAUGACAUUAAGGUACUUUCAACAAAAGGUUGGCGCUGUUGUUUUUGCGUUUCUUGUGUUUUUAAAAUGAAGACCUGCCGUACAUAAACAACGUGAAUUGUGGAAGCCUGUCCCUUGAGUUGUGGUUCCUCUUCGCAGAAGAUCUCUGAAGUCUCCAAACAGCAGUUCAGGCAGCACCAAUCAGUGACCAUCAUCACCUGCUGAAAUGCAUUCUUGUCAUUUUAUUACUACCAGUAAAGACAUGAUGGGAACAAACAAAUGACAAAUGUGCUUUUGACUUCUUUUUUUGGUCAGUUUGAAGACAUUUGGUUCACAAUUUAUGUUCUGUGGGUCAUAUUUGAUUUCUAAUUAUACUAUGGAGAGACAAAGUAAAGUAUGUUAUUCAUCUAUUUGGUUUCUGUCUAAUUAUUUUUGUCUAACUCAUGUAUACCACCCUGAAGAUGAUUAAACUGCUGUUCGUUA